AUGCUUGAUGUUGCUCCUGUCAGUACACCAAUGAACUUCUCAACCAAAGUUUCCUCUCAAGGAGAUCCUGUUGAUGAUCUUGCUGCCUUCAAAAGAUUAAUCGGGAGACUUAUCUAUCAUACCAACACUUGCCCCGAUAUCACCUAUGCGGUCCAUCGUUUAAGCCAACACGUUGCUUCUCCAACUAAGCUUCAUCAUCAAGUUGCUUUCAGAAUUCUGCGCUACAUCAAACAAACACCAGGUCAGGGUAUUUUCUUAAAAGCUAUUAAUACUCUCACCUUAAAAGCUUAUAGCGAUUUAGAUUGGGCUAGUUGCCCUGACUCCCGCAAAUCCACCACGGGAUACAUUGUUUACUUGGGUGAUUCCCCAAUAUCAUGGAGAUCCAAGAAGCAAUCAACUGUCUCGCGCAGCUCAUCUGAGGCCGAAUAUCGUGCUCUUGCUCAAACUGCCUGUGAAAUUCAUUGGCUCAUCAAUCUUCUCACUGAUCUUCGCCUUCCAUUCUCUCAACCUGCUACCAUCUUCUACGACAAUCACUCUGCAAUCAAAAUUGCUAUUAACCAGGUCUUCCACGAAAGAACCAAACAUAUCGAGAUAGAUUGUCACCUCAUUCGCGAAAAAGUCCAGCGAGGAACUAUCAAGCUUCUCCCCAUCCAUACCACUUUACAACUCGCUGAUAUUUUGACGAAGACUCUUUCUCCUUCCACCUUCCAUACCAUUAAUUCCAAGCUUGGCACUCUGAACAUCUAUGCCAAGCUUGAGGGGGGCUGUCAGAAAACUAUUAAAAGCACCACCUCCGACUCUGCCUAUAAUUAA